UGGGCGUGCCGCUGCGAGUCAAGUGUCCUCAGUCAUCCAUCGUCUCACAAUUCGGUCACUCUGAUCCGAACGACCCGCAGGCUCUUGUUCGUUAAUACUGUAAAUGGAUUUGGACGUAAACAUGCUGUUUUUGACGUUACUGAUGUGUUACAAUUCGUAUGUUUUUGGACUGUUUGAGGAUAUUAAUAUUGAGGAGGAUCUUUCUCCCGACUUUGAUUUGGAUAUUUCUCCCCGUAGAGUGCCUCGCCAGGUGAAAUCCAUGCGUACUAAGGAGACCAAACCGCAUAUCCAGGAGCUGUCGGUGAAGACCACCAUUAUCUCCCGAUACGCCUUCACGGCGGUGUCGUGCACCAUGCUCAACCGGCACUCCGCCGCCGCCGAGGGCGUCUUCCAGUUCCUGAUUCCCAAGAACGCCUAUGUCUCGAACUUUACCAUGAUCAUUGGGGGGCGUGUCUACCCCAGUGAGAUCAGGCCCAAGGAGAAGAAYYUCAAACAGGGGAAGGGGGGUGAGGCCAAACCCAAGAACAAGGAGAAAGGUGGACAGAGUAGCGAACCAGAGGUGGAGGUGUUCAGGAUGGGGGCCAGUAUCCCAGGUCGUAACCGGGCCAUGUUCAUGCUGACCUAUGAGGAGCUGCUCCAGCGGAGGCUGGGGAGGUAUGAGCAUGUGACCAGCCUGAGACCCCUGCAGCUGGUCAGCCGUCUCAGUGUGGACGUCACCAUUGUGGAUCACUCCACCAUCACCCACCUGGAGGUGCUGCCACUGCGCAACGGCAAGAGCAACACGGCAGUAGCCAGUGGUCCCAAUGCAGCGAAGACACCUGCCAAGCCUGCUCUUCCCAUUUCCACGGUGAUCAAACAAAAUAAGACGUUCUGUAGGAUCACCUUCAGCCCCAACAUCGUUCAGCAGGCUAAGAUCACCACCAGCGGCAUGCUGGGAGAGUUUGUGGUGCACUAUGACGUGGAGAGAGAGCUGGGGAUAGGAGACAUACAGGUUCUGAACGGCCAUUUUGUGCACUACUUCGCCCCKAAGGAUCUGCCGGUGGUYCCCAAGAACGUGGUGUUCGUGAUCGACACCAGCGCCUCUAUGCUGGGGACCAAGAUCAGACAGACUAAGGAUGCCCUGUUCACUAUCCUGAGGGACCUGCGUCCAGGCGACCGGUUUAACUUUGUCAGCUUCUCCAACCGUAUCAAGGUGUGGCAGCCCAACCGCCUGGUCCCCGUCACGCCUCUCAACGUCCGAGACGCCAAGAAGUUCAUCUACAUGCUCCAACCCACUGGAGGCACGGACAUCAACGGUGGCAUACAGACGGGCUCCUCAUUGCUAAGUGGCUACCUGAACGCCGAUCCYGACGCCAACCACAACAGUGUGUCUCUCAUCAUCUUCCUGACAGACGGGCGGCCCACGGUGGGGUUUUAUGAUGAGAUAGGCACUCCACUGCUCUCUGAUAUCAGGGUGAAUUACACAGAGGACUCGGUCCAGUACGUCACCCAGCACCUCUUCACCAACUAUUUCAACGGCUCAGAGAUUGUAAUCGCCGGCAAAUUGACCAAUCAAAGUGCAGACUCCCUGCACGUCCAGGUCACCGCCAGCAACAGCGACAAGAGCAUCGUCCUGGAGACAGACUUGGCGUUACGGCAAAGGGAGGUGGAGACGGAGAGGCAUGUGAAGGAGGCGGCGGCCGGGGUGGGGUCAGGAGUCACAGGGGCGGGCACGACAGGGUCAGUGGCGGAUGAUUUCGUGGAGCGCGUAUGGGGUUUCCUGAGUGUGAAGGAGGGGCUGAGGUCCAGGCUGAKGAGCCAGACCAGCAGGGAGAGAGAGGGACAUACCCAGCAGGCYACUGACCUCUCCCUGACKUARCACUUCCUCACGCCCCUCACCUCCCUGGUGGUGGAAAAACCUCAGGUGCUGGCCGACGGAACCAUGGCCGAGGACACACCCACCCCCACCCCUGUAACCACAGAGACAAAUAAGAAGACUGGCUUCAGCAAUGAGUCGUCGGAUGAGACGGAAGGGGAGAAGACACGGCCCAGAGCCUGUCCCUGUUUGUCUGUAGGUAAAGUUGUGAAGAGGCCAGUCCAAAAAUCUAUAACCAUCUCCAAAACAUCAGCGGACGGCGAUCCCCACUUUGUGGUGGAGUUCCCCCUCAGUAAACUGACUGUGUGUUUCAACAUCAACGGAGAGCCAGGACACAUUCUCAGAAUGGUAUCUGACCACAAGCACUCUGGUGUGACAGUAAACGGUAAGCUGAUAGGCGCCCCGGCGCCAGCGGGCAGCCACAAACAGCAGAGGACAUACUUCAGCACUAUUACCAUCGUGGUGAACCAACCCAAACGUUCCUACAUCGAGGUCACCCCCAAGAAGGUCAUCCUGGACGGACAGGACCGCUUGGUCCUGUCCUGCGACACCACAGUCUCCGUGGAGAGUGGCGGGCUUGCGGUGACGAUAGUGGGGAAGUCCAACGUGACCGUAACCAUUGGAGGAACCAUUAGUUUCGUCAUACUGGUGCAUCAGUACAAGAACCCUGCUCCCUAUCAGAGAAACCACCUGGGAUUUUAUAUCUCCAACAGCAAAGGGCUGUCACAUGACUGUCAUGGACUACUGGGUCAGUUCCUGUAUGAGGAAGUGGGACUCGCAGAGCUUUCUGGCAAUGCUACAGCAACAGGAGACCACAGCACGUCUUCACGGUCACCCAUCCUGAAGGUCAAAGGGCGUUCAGUGCCGGUGGUCCAGAAGACCCGGCGUAUCUACAGCGGACGUCAGAGCGUGGACUGCUGGUUCGCCAGGAACAACGCAGCCAAGCUGAUCGACGGACAGUAUGAGGACUAUGUGGUGUCACACCUGUUCGACACGGGCGAUUGGCCCCACGGAAGUAACGGAGCCUGAGACAGGAGCCAAUAAGGAGCCAGCAAUGUACAUGUCCCGCCCACACUGGAACAAUAACCCAGGUACAGCUAUAGUAGCCAACAGGCUCUUUUCAUACCCUCUGACACUAAACUUCUAAAUCAGCUUUCUUUUUGCCCCACAUACUCACACUCCAAACACUACUCUACUACCCAUAGAGUUAGAUAGAGGACUCAUCUUUGUAACUGUGCCAUAUAGCGUCUGUGACAUCAUGGGCAGUGUCAUUGAGGUUAUCUCCAUUUUAAAGUAGUCAAUUUUCUUCUUCACAAUUGGCUGAUCCCUCCUGCUGACCUAGUAAGACAUGACUCCAACUGGGUCACCAGGAGAGAUCAGCCAAUGAAGUUGGAAGUCCCACCCAGUUGACUACAUUAAAAUGGUUGAAGCCCUCAAUAGCACAGCCCAUGCUAAUACGGCCUUUUGGCCACUAGAGGCCUCUAUCAUUCUCUAUGCUACUACCCCAGCCACCCAUCCCCCUCCAACCAUGUCUUUCAACCCACUUCGUGUUGCCUACUUCCUGUUGUCCUUCAGUUUUUUCCUCAGGUGCACCUGCUCUGAAUAACCAACCAUCAAUAUUCUUCAAUAUAUUUUUUUACUAUUUUUAAUAUAAAUGUAAUAAGGACAUUGCUUGACUUGCAUCAUUUUAUACUGAUAUUUUGUACUUGUAAAUAUAACCUUUAUUGAACCGGAUGAACUUUUUGUGUGUAAAGGAAGUAAAACAUAAAAACAAGA